GAACUACUUGAACCAUUUUGAACGUGGACGGUACUUUUAAGAAUGACAGACUAUUUCAAUUUGCUUCCCUCUGAAAUAUCAGGACUUGUCCUCGGAUUUUUGCGAGAUAGCAAUUGCGUUAUCGCUGCUGGUGCUUUCCUUCGAGAAAACGUCCACUUAUCUGAAUUUCGUUAUCACUAUGCAUCAGUGAAUGAGAUACCUUUGUAUUUCAGAGAAUUAACUUUGCUGGAUAUUAUUCAUGAUUAUAUUCAUAUUGUGAAUGAAGUCAUCCCUCAUUUAAAAAAGGCCAAUCUUCCAUGGCAACUGGGGAAUCUAAAUACUUCCAUAGCACAAUUUUUGCAGUCAUUUCCUGAGACUUGUUCAUCAAAUUUGCGACCGAAAUCAUUUCGUCCUAUUCAUCCUGUUUGGAUGCCCUUAGGAAAAUCCUAUGUACCGCCUAAAAUAAUACCUGCUGAUAAAUCCACUACAGUUCGACCUCCGCUUGCUACCGUGAAACCAAAUGUAACAAUAGCUUCAUUACCUAAUAUAAUAAGUUCGAAUUCAACCAGUGGGAUAGGUGCUGGUACUGUAUGUUCACUAGACAAUAAUUCAACUGGUUCAAGAGCCAGUCGACCAGUGUUACGAAUAUAUAGACAACCAUUAGCAGCUAACAAAACAAAUGUAUUCAAUUUUGAUAUGUGUAGCAGUAGCUUCCCAAAUCCCUCAUCUCAUCAAGCAUCACAGUCUAACAUAGUUGCGUCAAAAUCUAAUGCUAAUCCUAUGCAAUCUAUGGUUCGCUUACAAAACAAAACAAAACGUGUAUCAGAGACAUUACCUACUACUACUACUGUUACUAGUAACGGUAAUAGUGAUGUUCUAUCCCUGUCAACAUCUUGUAAUUCUGUGAUAUUUCAUCAAUCGCCUAUAUCUAUAACAACAUCAUCAGAAGGAACGAUGAAUGAUGCCACUGUUCAAUCUAUAGGUGUGAUCAACCAAAACGAAAAUAUUACUUCACAACAAAUAUGUCUUAAUGCUCAGUCAAAUGAUAUAAGCGAUCAUCAACAGAUUUCUGAUAAUAGUUCCAUAUUUUCGGUGUUUUCAUUGCUACCUCCGCCGGCAUCAUCAGAGACGUUAGUUACAGAUAUGGUGAUUUAUCCUGUAAUAACAUGUGAAGAUAAUCUGAAUGAUGCAAAAAGUACUGAUCUUGUUUCAACUAGGCGAAAACGAAACCAACCACCACGUCAGUUAUCACCUGGAUCUGGCGUCGGAAGUACAAUAUUUAGUUUAACUAACAGUUAUGAAGAAGAAUUAGAUAUGGAGCGUUUCUUAUCUGCAUUGUUUAAUAAUGCUGAACAAGUAGCUACACGCAUUAAUGCUGAAGUUGGCAUUUUAACACGUAAUCCAUUAUCAUAUAAUGAUAAUUCUAAUCGUUGUAAUUGGCCUGAAACUACUAAUACUUAUGAGAUUGUUUCUAUUCAUCCAUCUAAUAAUAAUGACAAUAAUAAAAUAGUGAAUUGUUCAUUGGAUAAUAAUCAAUCUCAACCACUCACAACAAAUACUUCUUCAUCAUCAUCAUUAUCAUCUACCGGUGUAAAAUUAUCCACAUCAUUUGUUUGUCAAGAUUUUAAUUCAGAUACUUCAGAUAAUAUGCAAUUAUGGAAUGAUUGGUUUGGUAUAAAGGGUGAUUUAGACACAUGUAUUGAUCAUUUGUUAUCAGAUCUUGAAUCUAUCGACGUUUUCACGUCCACAGUCAAUACCACAACUGUCACUAAUACUACUUCAACUGUGAGUUCUACGAUUCCCAACCAAAAUGUUAAUAAUACAACAAUAAUUGAAACACUAAUCGAUAUUGAUCAAUGUUCGCAUCAAUCGUCUGUUGUAACAACAUCAUCAAAUGAUAUUAUUACCUCAGGUCCUAGCAAUGUAUCUCACGAAUUGAUAUCGUCUCCUUCAUCAUCAUUAUCAGACUGUGUUAUUAAUGUCACCGUCAAUGAUAAAACAUUAGCAAUGUCUAUUACUUCAGCGACAAUAACGAGUACUUCUGACUUAUUUCAUCCUAAUUCACCAAUAUUAUCUACACUAUUAUGUGACAAUACUGGGAACAAUAGUAGCAAUGAUGAUGUUAAUAAUAAUAAUGAUAAUAAUGAGUCACUUAUUAUUCCUAGCAUACCUGAUACUAACUUGAUGAUGAAGACUCCUAUAAUUUCUACUCCUGUUACAAUUACUACUUCUACGGUUACUAAUCAACAUCUUGUUCAUAAUGUCUGUAAGCGAUUGAUUACAUCAUUACCGUCAUCAUCUUCAUCACCAUUUUGUUUCAGUCAGUUGGUUAAUAAUAAUUCACAAAAUUUUCCAAGUAAACGUCAAUGUCUACGUCAUUCUGAUAAUGUAAAUAAUAUUAAUAAUAGUACUAUGAAUAUUAAUACUAAUAAUAAUUUACCACCAAUUUUAAUUACACCGGAUUCAAAGAAAAAUCAUGUCAAUGAACAUAAUGAUAAAUUAUUCUAUGAAAAUUUGCCAAGCUGUAAAUUGUUUAAAGGAAAUACUAAUAAAGAUUCAUUUCAACAUCAUUCAAAUGAUCAUCAUCUUCAGUCCACUUAUCUAUUAUCAUCACCUUCUUGUUAUUAUUCUAUUCCACAGAAUUCAAAUGCUCAAACUGUAAUUAGUAGUGCUACGAAUACAUGUAUGACAGCUUAUCUAUUAAAUAAUCCUUUAUCAAUUAUUGAUUUACGUCAAAUUGCACAGAAUAAUAAUAAUAAUACUGGUAUAACUAUCACUAAUGAGAAUAAUUACAAUAAUCCAAUUACUUUUUAUACAACAAAUAACAAUCAUAAAUUAUUAUCAUCAACAAUUGAGAAUCAUGUUAAUUAUGUAGAUUUAAAUAAUAAUUCCUUGAUAAAUUUGAUACCUGUCAGUUAUAAUUCAAAUUUAACACCAUUUAUUAUGAAUAAUACAUUAAUUAAUACAACAUUAUCCACAAUAACAAUGACUACCGACAGCAAUAUGACUUCGAAAGCUUUUGUUAAUCUUCCUUGUAAUACUGUUAGUACAUGUACUACUACUACUAGUAAUAAUAAUAAUAAUAAUAAUAACACAGGAUCGACUACUGAUGUUGUCACUGCUGCAGUUAUCACUACUGGUAUAAGUGGUGAUUAUAUACAAACUAUCAAAGUUGGUGAUAAUAAUAGUAAUAGGUGUUAUUCAAAGAGUUCAUUGUUAAUUGAUGCAAAAGAAAAUCAUCCACCAACACCGGCACUUAUUGUUCAACGUGGUGUACGAAAGAAGAUUUUAAAUUUGCAAUCGUUGGACAUUGAAAAAAUAAUAUCUCAGUCUCACUAAUUAAAACGCAUCACAACUUCUCGAGGGAAUCAAUCUCUCGUAGGCGCAGAUGCCUUCAUAACAACCUUGGAUUUCUUAUUGAAUGUAAAAUCCAAUCAUAUCAAUUAAUCCUACUAAUUCAACAAUAAUGAUAAUGAAUUGCUUUCGUAUGGUUUAUUCAAAGAACAACGCACUCACAUAUAGAUAUUGUCAUCAUAAUAUUAUGUAACAGUAUCAGUAGUAUUUGUGUAAACAUACAGUCUGAUUUGCAUUCCAAAACAUGCAUUUAUUUUUUUUAUAUUUAUCAAUUUGUUAUUUCCAAAGUUUUUUUUUCAUAUGUAAUUUAUUAUUCUUAUUCGUCUUCUUACUGUUAUUAUUAUUAUUAUUGCAUUAAAGUAUUUAUUAGCGAUUUCUAUGUGGCCAUUAUUUCAUCAUUAUAGAUGUCACGGUAAGGUCGUGACUAGGAAGAGUCAGGUCUCCUUCUCGAAAUACUCUCACACAGUCACGCAUAUACAGCCACUUUCAGGGAAGUCCUACUUACUGCCUUCUCGAAGUGUGUGUGUUGUUUGUAUCCGGUGCUUGACCCGGGUUGUUGGAUAUGGAGGAUCCAUCUAGGGGAGUUGGAAAACCCUGGUUCCAGAUCAAUGAUUCACAUGGGCUACAGUAUCCUGAAGGGACAAUUGGCGUAUGAACCAAUCGUUGCUCAUCUGCUGCCAUGGGACUACAUCUCCUAACGUUGCUCCACUGUCUUGUGGAUUAGACCUUUAGGUCAAAGGUUCGGGGAGUAGUGGCUCCCUAAUAAGACCACCUGCUUCGGUUCGGGCACCCGGACAAUAUUCCAGUCGUCACACAAAUCAAAUGAUGAAAUUUGGCCUAUAUAUAUUUAGUGCCUCUUUAUAUUAAUGUCUAUGUGUCCAAAUAAAUGAAUAACCUGGAAACUGACAUGACAAUGAGAUAUCAAUAAAAAACUAUAACGGGUUGUAAAUCUGUACUGAAUUGGUUCACUUGUAGUACAGAAAUGAUGAGUAACUGCGAUCGUUGUUAAUCAGUUGAAAUUUGUCAAUCAAAAAAUUUCUAUCAGUAGGUAAUGAGUUUUGAGUAAAAGGCCAUAUUUAUAGACUAUUGAAAAAAAUUUCAUCAGUAGAUAUUUGUCACAUUUUUAAUUUCAUUGUUUAAAACAUUUCUGAAACUCUUUAGAAGUUAAGUUCUUCAACUGUGCAUCUACAUAUCGUCUAAGCGUCAUCUCCGCUAGUUUAUUUUACAUUUUAGGAACAGAAUGAAAUAAUAGAGGUUGUAUCUGGUUUGUAGUGGAGAGGGUGUUCUGGUAUGAUCAUCAAAUUAUAAGACUGAUAAGCUCAGACUAUCACUAAAUUGUUUAGUUGCAUGCGAGCUGUUCAUGGUAUUCCAUGCUUUGCCUAAUAUGUAGAGGUCUUCAUAAUCCAUUCAACCACCAGGCGAAUGAGAAUUGGUAAGUCGCCAGCCUUGUCUGACAGCGGUCCUCAUUUAGAAUGCAUCUGUGAGUUGUUUUCCAUGAACGACCUUGUGGUGUAGUCCGUCAUAUGAAUUCCGUAUUACGUUGACGACUUUUAGAGGUAUACCAUAAUGUAGAAGGUUCCAUAAGGUCCCCCUUCACUCACUGUCAAAUGCUUUCUCAUAGUCAAGGAAGUUGAUUGCUCAACGACGAUUUGUAGUGUCGCUAUUCGGUCUAUGCACGACUGGUCCUUACGGAAUCCAGCCUGUUGAUCUUGAAGUUGGGCGUCUGCUGAAUCUUCCAUCUGGUUAGGUAACACUCUGUUGAAAACGUUUCGUAGUACUGAUAAUUGUGUCAUGCCUCUGUAGCUGAGUUUUCACAUUUGCUCAUAUCUCCUUUCUUUGGUGCCUUGAUGAGGUAUCCUUCUUUUCUGUAGGUCCAGUGUGGCUGACAUAUUCAAAAGUUCUUCAGAGUGCUCUACCCACCUGUCCCAUCGAUCUUGAAUCUCAAUGACAGACUUGUCUUUUUUGUCCAUGACUGAUCGCUCCCUGCCAGUUUCUUCGUUGUAUCAUAUAGUUGUUUGAUAUUUUCUUCUCUUGCAACGUUUUCCUUCUCUUUCGUUUCUCCCAGUCAUUCCAUGUCGUUUCAUACCCGGUGUUAUCAAUGCUGACUUUGGUGUUUAGUUUUUCCAUCAGGAUGGUCAGGUUCUUUCGCGAGCGCUUCCCUAUGACUGACUGCAGCCUCUGAUAAAACUGAGGCUUAUCGUCUCCAUUGCUAUAAUUGAUGGGUUCAUAGCACUGGAUAAUAUUCAUUGAGAUCACCUUUGUUCUGGUUAUGGUUUGAUGAUUGUGGAUCCAUGGGGUGCUCACCGUAAAAGUUCUUUUCGUGCUCCUUUGCAUCACAUCAGUGCAACUCCCUGAGUGUGCGAAACAUUUUCCUCUUCGUAACUAGAGUAUAAUAGCAUCUCUCCCGAAUCUUAUUUUUUUCUGUCCAGUUUGUGUGGAAUGGGUUUCAGUCAUUCCGAGCACCAUGAAGUUGUAUCUCCUUAUUUUCGUAGCUAUCUGAUCGGUCAUCUCUGUUUCCUACAUUUUACUGACAUUCCAGGUACCUGUGAUAAUUGUUGCUGUGGUUUAUAUAAGAGUAAUCGGCAUCAUGAGUUUCGCAGAAUCUCGGCUUUCAUCAUGAUGUGUCAUAAUUCUCCUGAAUGAAAACCCUUCAGCUUCCUGGGAGGAUAAAAUAAUACAUAAGCAAUCCGGAAUCGCCGUAGUCCGUGGAUGAGAAUCUUGACAACAGGUAUCAUCGAUCGGUCAGAUAUCAACAACGAUUCUCCCCUUCAUAUUGUCAGUGUUUAUUCAUCAUAACAGCACAUGGUUGUUGCUACCUUGACGUGGUGGUCGGGCUUGCCUAUCGUGAUGAAGCAACCGAGCUAUACUGGCUGGAACAACCGUUCCUCAAGGUCCUACCAUGUCAGACAGGUCGGUUGAAGAGCGGUAAGACUAAAAGCAACAAACCCAAGGAGCGAAGGCGAAGUCGUACUGCUGACUGUACAGGGGUGUGACAGCAGUAAGGUGUUUCCUUCAGACAACCAGCAUGACAG